GAGCUUUUCUCAGCGCGUGUUCAGGAUGGGCCAAUAGCAGUCGUCUUUGAUGACUGCAUAACUAUUUUAAACAGUUUCAUUGAGAUUGGUGUCACAACUAUGACAAAAAAUGUAAAAUAUAACUCGUAAUAUAUAUAAAUAAACCAACCUUUGUGAUAAACAACAUUUAAAUAUUGAGUUUUGGGAAAAGAAAAAUGAACAGGUUUUUUUUCUCAGGCGGAAACGCACGGGACUCCUGUCGAGCAGCUGUAGCAGUAUACUCGCAUAUUACAGUCACAACACGACAAUUAAUAAUCACCUGACUGCUUUAUUUACCUUUUAUACAUGCAACAGUCCGUGCUUGACGAGUAUGAGUUAGUAUUUUGUAUUUAAGUCACUAAAGUAAACUUCAGACUGACAGGUUAGCGUGUAACUUGCAGCCCGAGCUCAUAGCUAGCCCAGAAUGCUAAAAACAACGUAAACUUAUUAUUAUUUUCACAUCUUACCAUUAGUAAUUGUAAGCUUCCUUAUGUUUCUCCUUCUGAAAGAUCGACACAUUCGGCUCUAUAGAUGAGCUGGAUUAACCGAUAAUAAUUCUGCUUUAAAUGUGGAUGUUUGUGAUAAAAUGGAUAUUUUGAUUAAUCGAUUCACCAAUAAAAUGAACAAUAACAUCAGCAGGCUGCAUUGUAAUCCGUAUGAGGAUGACUCAGGGGCAUCUGGGGUUUUGCUGAACUCAGGCUGUCAACCCGUGAGCCCAACCAAGAGAAAACACCAUGAAAACGAAGACUCUGAUGAAGAGCACAUGAACAAAAUGAGAUCACAUCUGAGAAAUCCAAAUGGAGAGGCUGUAAAUCAGGAGUCAUGGAAUUACAGUUCAUUUGGACAGGCGUCUCUGAGCACUCUCCAUAGCCGUCAUGUAUUCGCACCUUUCCCCAUUUUUGCAGUGGAUCAACCCAUCGAGAUGACCAAACACAGCUCAGAUCCUACUAGGAGCAUGCUUCUUAUUCCUGGAUCCGGCACAAAACCACAGCAGGUCAGACUUACACAGUCUGAAAUAAACCGUCCAUCUGUAAUCACCUGUGCCCCUGCCAGCAACCGGCCUUGCAGUCUUUCCAGCUGCCACAUGUCUCCUAACAGCUGCACAUCUGGAUCCACCAACAAGACCAACGCAAACCCUGAGUGUGACCCUGUGAUUGAGGAGCACUUCCGCCGCAGUCUGGGGCAGAUCUACGAGGAGCCCGUGCCUGUCUCUAACUCAGUGUCCAUCACAGGCUCAGUGGAUGACCACUUCACUAAAGCACUGGGGGACGCCUGGCUACAGAUCAAAGCCAAGGGCAGUGGCGGUACAGCACCGAACCAUGAGGGGCGAUGUUAGCCCUGUUCAUGUUAGCUCACUUCAGAGGUGUAGUCAAGACCCAGACCAUGACUGGACUAAGAUUGCAGCAUUCAUUUCAGUAAUAUUAAACAGCUGUCUUAUUGGAAAUAGGAUUUUUUCUAUGUGUAUUAAAGAGUUAAGCCUAAAAUAUACAUAUGUUGCUGGUCCACGUCCUGCCCGUUGCACAGCAUGUGAGUUCCAAAUUGAGUUAUCCUUCACAGCUUGUUAAGCUAUAAAUAACUUUUUAAUAUAAAACAAGUCAUGCUCUUUAAAUUUUCCACAUCUCUUUAUCUAAUGUGUGAAUAACUGUAAGCAGUACUGCCAACAGAAAUACGUGAAGAUAUAAACAAUAUAACAAAAUCUCUAUGCUAAGUCAGAGGAAACCUGACGUGAAAAAAGUUUGAUUGUUGACUUAUCUCUUGUUCAAUGAAGUCAAAUAAAUGAAAAGGUGUUAAAACAACUGUUAAAUAUUACUGAAAUGAAUGCUGCAAUAAAUUCAGCACCUUGAUUCAUUAAGAAUGUACUGCCUGGUUCUUGAACAGACAGGCCUGGUCUGGAUCUCAGAGAUAGAUCUCGUUCUGAAUCUGGUCUUGUAGGGUCUAAACUUGGUUUGGUCUCUAGGGGUCUAGUCUGGAUCUGGGGCCUCAUUUAUAAAGUGUGUGUACGCACAGAUUUGAUCUUAGAGUGCGCGUAUGCAUGCCACGCCAACGGUCAUAUUUAUAAAAAGUCUGUGACGUGGAAAAGUGCUUAGCGCCACGUCAGUGUCUGAUCAGACGUAUGUAGUUUUCCUUGUCAGUGUACUGCAGGGUUUAGGAAAUCUAGGCUAAUAUUGCAGCUCGCCAUUCUAGAUUAAAGGAUUUGGACGAUUACUGGUGAUUUUUUUUAAAUGUGAAUGACAUUAAUUAGGCGAGAAAACUGAAAUGCGCAUUUUCUAUGCGUACGUUCAUUCUAUGUAUCACACGUACACACAGUUGAGAAAUGAUGGUAAGGUCAAAUGUUGGGCUGUUUCUACACAACAUUUUAUAAAUGAGGCCAGAGGUCUUGAAUGGUCUAAUCUUGGUCUGGGUCUCAGUCUUUAGGGGUCUAGUCUGGAUCUGGGUCUUAAAGGGUCUGGGGCCUCAUGUAUAUUUCAUCCUAAAAGUGUGUGUAUGCACAAAAGCUAGAUUGCUGCAGAAGUUGUACAGUACUGUGUAGGGCUGCACGAUUUAUCGCGAUAAAGUAUGGCAAAGGCUGCGAUUAUUUUAUGCGCACCUUGUCAGAGCUGUACGGCUCUGUGUUCAGUUGUAAAUGCUUCUCCAUCUGAAAGCCAGAGGGCACUCUUGCGCAGAAACUCAAAUGCCCUGCCACAGAAGAAGAUAACAUAAAUCAUAUCUCUGUAGCUGAAUAAACAGAAGAUUGAAAUGCUUCGAUUAAUUAAACAUGACUAAUAAACACACGGCUGCCUUAUUCUGUGUAAGAAGCCACAUCUCACAGAAGGAUGCUAAACUCGUUAUGAA